AUGAGAAUUCUUGCAUUGCAUGGCGUUGGCAGCUCUGCCAAAAUUUUAGAAAGCCAGAUUGUGGGCUUAAUGCGAUCUGUGGAUGCAAGCUACGAGUUUGUGUUAGUCGAUGGCCCAGUUCCUUCACACCGAGGGCCUGGUAUGAGCCCUGCUCUUUCUGGGCCGUUCUUUUCACAUACAACGGGCUACUCGCCUGCGGAGAUUGAAGCGGCACAUCACCAUCUUGCAGCAACCAUUGACGAGCUAGGCCCAUUUGAUGGGGUUUUAGGCUUUAGCCAAGGUGCAUCCAUCGCGCUCUCUUAUAUCCAUCACCAACAAGUCAAUGGAGAAGAGCCCGAUUUCAAAUUCGCGGUGCUCUUCUCAUCUGUUGUUCCAUUCGCAUGCGAUGCAUCCUAUUGCGAAUCUGAGAUCGAAGAGCUGUGCACCUUUCGUCAAAGUGGAAUUGGUGCCAACAAUCUUGCCCCCAAACAACAAGUUUUCAACGACUGUCUCGUACGCACUUUUCAGUCUGCACUAAAGAUUGGAGCAGUUCUGCCUGACUUUAACCAAGACUUUUUCAGCAAUGUGGGGGAAUCUGUUCCUCGUGUGCUGCAUCCUGCGCUACUUUCUGAGCGCAUUCAUGUUCCGACGGUUCAUGUGCAUGGAAGGCGGGACUUUCCAUUUAUGCACGACAUGCAUGAAAUAGGGUAUCAAAUUUGCGAUAAGCGAUUCUCAAAAAAGUUGCAUCAUUCCGGUGGACAUCAUCCGCCGAAGAAAGAUUCCGAGAUAAAGGCGGUUGUCAAGGCCAUAGAGUGGGCUAUUGACCAGUAUUACAGGCAGCCACCAUCAUUGUUAUAA